AAUCUGCAUUUUGGGGCCCAAAAAGUCUGAUGACUCGACAACUUAUGCUUCUUCCUGUUUCUGGAAAUGAAUAAAAAGGCGAAGCAAAUCAGAAUCACUAAGAGGUCGAGGUUCCAACAAUGGCAGAAUCCACCAUCAAGCUCACAAUCAAAUUCGGAGGCAGAUCGAUACCACUUUCGGUAUCACAUGACGCUACAACCAAAGAACUAAAGUCUCUUCUUCAACCCAUCACCAACGUCCUUCCUCGUGGCCAGAAACUCAUCUUCAAAGGUAAGGUCUUGGGAGAGACUUCGACUCUGAAGCAGUCUUUGGUGGGAGAUGGUGCGAAGAUCAUGUUGAUGGCUUCUCAAGGUCUUCAUCAAGGGGAAGGUCCAGUGCUUAAGGAAGCUAGUACUAGGCCAAUAUCGAGAACUGUUGUAGAUAAGGCAAAACCUGGUCUUGUUGUAGACAAGAACCGUGCUGAUCGGUGGAAAGCUACUGGAGUUAUUGCUUUAGCUCAAGCUAAUUUGAAGGAAAUACCUGAAGAGGUUUGGGAAUGUGGAUCUGCAGCUAGAGUGCUUGACGUUAGUGAGAACUUCAUUCGAGAAGUGCCUGCUCGAAUCAGCUCUUUUACUUCUAUACAUAAACUGUUUCUUCAAGGGAAUGGUCUGUCUGAUGAAUCAAUUCAAUGGGAAGGGAUAGCAUCUCUAAAGCGUCUGAUGCUUCUCUCCAUUAGCCAUAACAAUCUAAGUGUUCUGCCAUCAGAAGUGGGUUCGCUGACGUCACUUAGACAGCUUGAUGUGGCCAACAACAAAUUGACAAGUCUACCUAAUGAGAUAGGACUUCUUACGCAGCUAGAGAUUUUUAAAGCCAACAAUAACAGAAUAACUAGCCUUCCUGAGAGUAUUGGAGACUGUUCCUUCCUCAUGGAGGUUGAUCUUUCGGCGAAUAUGAUAUCAGAACUUCCCGAGACAGUCACAAAACUGCGUAAACUAAAGACGCUGGAGCUGAACAACACGGGGUUAACGACACUGCCAUCUGUUUUAUUCAAGAUGUGUUUGCAGCUGUCAACAUUAGGACUCCACAACACAGAGAUAACAGUUGAAUCUCUCCGCCAGUUGGAAGGAUGGAGUGAGUUUGAUGAAAGACGACGUACAAAGCAUCAGAAGCAGAUUGAUUUUAGGGUUGUUGGGUCUGGCCAAUUCGAUGAAGGCGCUGAUAAAUCUUGGUGACUGUUUUUAACUCGUCAUGAAUCAUCCACAAACUCUUAUAUUUCCUUAAUAUCGCCGUUUUAUUUUAUCCAGUACUCUUUUGUGAUUGGAUCAAAUAAAUAAAAUUUAUUUAAAAGAUAC